AUGUUUUGGAGAUUUGGCGGCUACGCCAACAUCUCCACCAUUGAUACCAUCCUUGAUAAGACCGACUUUACCCUCGAGGAGCUACUUGAUGAGAGCGACCUCAUCCAGGAGCUCAAGCAGCACAACUCCAAGCUUAUAGAGUAUCUCCGCGAAGAUGCCAUCCUCAAGCGCCUGCUGCAAUACGUCGUCGCCCCGAGGCUCGAGACAUUUGCGCCGCCUCAAGAAAACCAGGAUGACCUGAGAGGUCGCAAUCCGCCCGUGCCAUUCUCUCGUCCUCGUGCAUCCUCGCGCAAUACCGACUCGGCUGAAAAUGACGAUGAAGAACAAGAAAAGCGCCACAAUCGCUACGCCCUCGUUGCCUGUGAGGUUUUGAGCUCCGACACCUGGUCCAUCUACGAGUCCCUUACCGACAACAAAGAGCUUAUCAGGGAUUUCUGGGACUUUUUGUCCCGCCCCGCGCCCCUCGAUCCUCUGCAGGCCAGCUACUUUACAAAGGUCAACGAAUCGCUUUUUGAAAAGAAGACCGAAGACAUGAUUGAGCUGCUCCGAAGCCUCCCAAACGCCGUUCCCGAUAUGUUGAGACAUGUUGAAUGCCCCAUGAUUAUGGACCUGCUUCUUAAGAUUAUUGCCAUGGACCGUACUGAAGGUGGUCACGGCAUCGUCGAAUGGCUCUACGGAAAAGAUAUCAUCUUCACGCUCCUCUCCUUUAUCAGCCCAGAACACUCCUGGGUCGUCCAAACCGCAGCUGGUGACUUCAUAAAAGCCAUCAUCACCAUUUCUGCCAAUGCAUCACAAAAUGAACAGCAAUGCAUCGGCCCCAAUGAGCUCACCCGCCAAUUAGUCUCUAAGAAAUGCGUCGAGCAACUCAUUGGAUACAUGCUCAAUGGCGGCAAUCCCCUCACCGUCGGCGUUGGCAUCAUAAUUGAGGUGAUUCGCAAAAACAACUCCGACUACGACCCCGAUGUGCUUGCCGAGACCCAAGCUGAGCCCUGCAGCCGUGAUCCCAUUUACCUCGGUACCCUCCUCCGCCUUUUUGCAGACAAUGUGCCCAACUUUAUGAGCCUGAUAAUGGACGGCCCUCCGCAGGCCAAUGGUCUUGCGUCUACCUUUGGCGAAAAACUAGAGCCACUAGGAUUCGACCGCUUCAAGACUUGCGAACUCAUGGCAGAGCUUCUACAUUGCAGCAACAUGGGUCUCCUCAACGAAGCUGGAUCUGAGCAGCUCAUUGCUGCGCGCGACUUUGAACGCCAGCGCAUGAGAGAAGCUGGUUUGCUCGCCCUUGCACAUGACGACGAGGUUGUCGGUGACAAUUUGACAAUGCGCCAGGGAAUGCCCAGCGAAGGUAGACGUCUAGAGGUCACGAAUCCUAAUGAGGACGGCUUCGAAGAAGUGGAUGCCACGACAGAAGAGACCCAGAAACAAGAAAGAUCGAGUAUCAUGGCCAUGAGAGACGAGGACGAGUUCGUUGACGAACCCCUCACAUCUCCUAAGUUGAAUGCUACCAAUGAACCGGAGCAGAAAUUCGAAAACCCCGAGCUCGUCGUUGCACCUAUUUCACCCAGCAAGGCACCACCUGCUGAGCUGGACAAAUCAGCUGCCUCCCAAAUUAUGUCCGAGCCGGAAAGGCCCGCAGAAUCGGAACGCUCUGCGACGGGAGCAGAUGAGAAAACCAAAACAGAGAGCUCCGCUGAAGCUGUGGAUGAUAUCAUCAACGACACUAGCAAAUUGGAUGUUGCCUCUCCCAGCGAUGCCUUUUCUCAGGUUCGAGCACUUUCACCACACCCUGAAGAUACUCCCGCACCACUUUUCUCCGCACCGCCUGCCCCUGAGCCACCUCUUGAAGCCGCAUCACCUACCUGGGACGAGAGUAUUCCAAUCGAGUCUGGACCUCACGUGGCCGAGAUCACUAUUUCCCACGUUCCGGAGCUGGAUAUGCCUGGCGAGCCGGUUGUUGGAGAUUAUUUGAAACAACAGUUUGUCGAGCACCGUGUUGUUCCCGCUAUCUUGUCAUUCUUCUUUAAAUACCCCUGGAAUAACUUUCUGCACAACGUCGUCUACGAUGUCGUCCAGCAAGUAUUCAAUGGCCCCAUGGAUCGAGGCUACAACCCAACCUUGGCUGUAUCUCUCUUUGAGGCUGCUGACAUAACGACUGCCAUUAUCAACGGCCAGCAAGCCAGUGACGAAUCACAGGCCAAGACCAAGACCCGUAUGGGAUACAUGGGCCAUCUCACCUUGAUCGCCGAAGAGGUUGUCAAGUUCACUGAAAGACAUCCGCCCGAGCUACUCUCCGAGACUGUUCUAGACAAGGUGAUGAGCCCGGGCUGGAUCAACUACGUGGAGGGUGCGCUCGCGGAAACUCGCGAGAGGGACAAUGCUAUUCUCGGUGGUGUAAGGCCCGAAGUCGCACUGGGGCACCGUACCAGCCUUGGUGCCGGCGGCAUUGGCGGUCUUACGGGCCUCAGCAACACUCCAGCAGGCGCCACCGCGCUGGCGGAAGCUGGACUGAAUGGUGGCAUGGAGCUCAAUGACAAUAACAAUAAUAGCGGUAUCGGGCCGUUUGCGAUUAGCGGAGGCACAUUAAUAUCCGGGUUUGGGAGCAGCAGUGACGAAGAUGAUGAUGACGGGGAAGGAGAAGAUGAAGAUGUCAACACCGAGUUUCGCUCUUAUGCUGAACAAGGUGGCUCUCUCGACCCGCCCUCAAUACCGCCGCCACCGCCGCCUCCUCCGCCACUGAACAUCCCCCCAUCUCGCGCGCGGUUGCAGCUUGCGGCGAGGCUGGCCAUGCAUCAAAAAAAUAGUCAAGACAGCGCCACCUUUGGCAACGCUUUCAAUGGCUUUGAUGACGACGACGACGACGAUGGCGACGACAACGACCAACGUGGCGCGAGGGAUCCCUUUGCCGAUGUUGAUGAUGAUGACCUUGACGACGAUGACCUAGACGACGACGAACCCCAGAGAAGAGGGGACAGCGGCCGCGGCGGAUGGUGGCGCGGCAUGGUGAGCAGAGCCGCCGGCGCCGGCGUCCACGAUGAUGACUCGGAUGACGAGGAGUUCGGCGACUUUGCCAUGGCGGAGGAGGAAAAGGAUGGCGGCGGCAAAGGCAAGGACGAGGAAACGACGACAACGACGCCGACACCUGACAGGGUGCUUCUGAAACCGCUGGCCGUCAACCCCGUCAAGGAGGCCGCACGCGGCCUCAGCGGCCUUUGGCCGUUUGGCUCCCGCGUAGACACAUCUACGACGACAACGGCACCGGCGCCGGAAGAGGCUACCAAGCGUGACGAUGAUGAUGAGGGCGAAGUAGUAGUAACCCCACCGGCGGCGGGCGAGGGCCAUGGCAAGGGCCUCGUUCAGGCCAAGGAGGGCAUUCGCCGUACAAGUAUUGAAGAGGUGGAUGAUGAUGAGGUGGUCAAUGUCAAGUAA